AGAGCAGUGGUGGGUGCUGAGAAUGGGUGCUUUGUGUUGGUGGGGCAAUGCGCGGUUGCGAGUGGUUGAGCUUCGGUGAUUGAGAUCGGGGUGCGGUGGCUGGUAGGGCCGCUUGUCAGCGUUACGCUGCGUGCCGGCAGCUUCCAUCUUCUGUUUGUUGUAUUGUGCGGCUUGAGGGGGAGGGGUGGGGGGGAUUGUUUUGUUGUCUUCGUCCAUGGGAUUUAAGAUGGCGGCUGGCCCUGGGCCUGGGUCUGGCCCUGGCCUCGGGCUCGCCGUCCGGCUGCUCUGGGCCUCUCUGUUCCUGGCGGCGACUUCAGCGUGCCCCCUGCAAUGUUCUUGUACCGAUGGCCUGGUGGACUGCAGUAGGCGCCGGGCGACUGAGAUUCCUCAGCACCUUCCAGCAUGGGUCACGCAACUAGACUUGAGUCAUAACAGAUUAGUUUCCAUUAAAGAUGCUGUAUUUGAUGGUCUUCAUGGACUACUGGAAGUGAAAAUCAACUAUAAUCUACUCACUUCAAUCCCGUCAUUAGGAGCUGCAACAGCUAACAUUACCAUCCUGUCGUUAACACAUAAUCGGGUGGCAGAGAUAAUUGCAUUGGAUCUUCAGCCAUACAGCUCUUUGGAGACUUUAGAUCUCAGUUCAAACAUGAUUUCAGAAAUCAAAACUACUUCGUUUCCAAUAAUGCAGCUGAAAAAUCUACAUUUGAACAACAACCGAAUAACGGUCCUUGAGCCGGGCUGUUUUGAUAAUCUCUCCAGCACUUUGCUUGUCCUCAAACUGAACAGAAAUAAAAUUUCUGUCAUUCAGCCAAAGAGUUUCCGAAUGCCUCAUCUUCAGUACCUGGAACUAAAGCGCAAUAAAAUCCGAAUUAUUGAAAGUCUUGCAUUUCAUGGCCUUGACUCAUUGAAAUCAUUGAAACUACAGCGUAAUGGAAUCUGUGAACUCAAGGAUGGAGCCUUCUGGGGGCUCAAUGAAAUUGAGGAGUUGGACUUAGAACACAAUAACUUGACUGAAGUUACCAAGGGCUGGCUGUAUGGCCUUAAACUCCUGCAACAGCUACACCUGAGUCAGAAUGCCAUUGCCAGGAUAAGUGCUGAUGCUUGGGAGUUCUGCCAGAAACUGACAGAACUGGACAUGACCUACAAUCAGUUGACUCGUCUAGAUGAGUCUACAUUUAUGGGCUUGAAAUUGCUUGAGAAUUUGUACAUGGGAGACAACAGAGUGAGUUACAUCGCUGAUGGAGUUUUUAGUGGCUUGUCUAACCUGCUCACACUUGAUCUGAGGAAUAACGAAAUCUCAUGGGCAAUUGAAGAUUCAAAUGGUGCUUUCACUGGAUUAGACAAGCUGCAAAGAUUGAUUCUGCAGGGAAGCAAAAUAACUUCCAUCACCAAUAAAGCAUUUUCUGGACUAGUAACCCUUGAGUACCUAGAUCUGAGCAAUAAUGCCAUUAUGUCGAUUCAAGGAAAUUCUUUUGCCCAAAUGAAACUUAAGGAGCUAGUUCUGAACACCUCCAAUCUUUUGUGCGAUUGCCAGUUGAAGUGGUUGCCUCAGUUUCUAAUUGAAAAACAGUUUCAGCACAUGGUCACUGCCAAGUGUGCUCAUCCUGUGUGGCUAGCAGGAAAAAGCAUCUUUAAUAUUGAUGUGGAGGACUACAUUUGUGAUGAUUUCCCAAAGCCUGUGAUCACCACCCAUCCUGAAACCACUGUGGCACUAAGGGGGAUGAAUGUCAGCUUCACCUGUACAGCUGGUAGCAGCAGCGAUUCUCCCAUGGCUGCUGCAUGGAGGAAGGACAGCGAGUUGCUGUAUGAUGCCGAGAUCCAGAACUUCUCCAGUUUGCGAGAGAAAGAUGGCGACUUCGUUGAAUACACCACUGUACUGCAGCUGCGGAACAUCAACUUUACAGAUGAGGGCCGGUACCAGUGUGUUGUCACAAAUUACUUUGGCUCAAAUUAUUCCAACAAAGCAAAACUUACUGUGAACGAACUUCCUUCGUUUAUGAAAACCCCAAUGGAUUUAACAAUCCGGACCGGUGCAAUGGCUCGGCUGGAGUGUGCCGCAGGGGGUCACCCGAUACCACAGAUUGCUUGGCAGAAAGAUGGUGGCACAGACUUUCCUGCAGCACGGGAAAGGCGCAUGCAUGUCAUGCCAGAGGAUGAUGUCUUCUUCAUUGCAAAUGUGAAAAUUGAAGACAUGGGCAUGUAUAGCUGUAUGGCACAAAAUGCAGCAGGAGGCAUUUCCGCAAAUGCCACCCUCACUGUCCUAGAAACUCCUUCAUUUAUGCGACCACUGGAAGAUCGGACUGUUGCCAGAGGGGAAACUGCUGUUUUGCAAUGUAUAGCUGGAGGCAGCCCCACACCGCGCCUGAACUGGACAAAAGACGAUGGCCCUUUAGUGGUAACAGAGAGACAUUUCUUUGCUGCUGCCAACCAGCUUCUGAUCAUUGUGGAUGCUGGCCCACAGGAUAUUGGGAAGUACACGUGUGUCAUGUCUAACACACUUGGGACAGAGCGUGGUCACAUUUACCUAAACGUGAUUCCAACUUCGAACUGCGACUCCAUGCAAAAAAGCUCUGUCUUUGAGGAGGAUGGCUGGACAACGAUUGGAAUCGUUAUUAUUGUUGUAGUGGUUUGUGUGGUUGGCACGUCACUGGUGUGGGUAAUCGUUAUAUACCACAUGAGGCGGAAGAGUGAAGAUUACAGUAUUACACACACAGAUGAAAUGAAUUUGCCUGCUGACAUUCCAAGUUACCUGUCUUCCCAGGGAACUCUGUCGGAGCCUCAGGAAGGCUAUAGCAACUCCGAGGCUGGAAGUUACCAGCAGCUCAUGGCAUCUACUGCCCAUGGCUACGUACACAAAGGAACAGAUGGUAUUUGCUAUGUAGAUAAUGGGAGUGAAACUGAUGCAGACAUUCUGACCACACCACUUGCAACCAAUCUGCAUGGGAGGAUGGGUUCCUUGUAUGCAGGCAGGAGCAGUUUCCAUCCAAGUGAGCCGCAUGAAGGGCUUGCACAGCAGGCCAACACAGGUGGUACUUCUGGACCAUUGGUGAUUUGCUCAGACUGUUAUGACAGCACCAACAUGAAUGCAAAGAACAGAGAGUACUGUCCAUAUACAUUCCUCGGAGAGGAAGAUCCUCUUGAUCAUACUCUAACCAAUGUUAUGGGACAAUUUCCAAAGGACAGCUUUACAGUACACAGUCAGCAUGAAGGCACAGCCAUAGACAGCCUGAUCACAGAAGGUGACAUGUCUGUUUACCUGACAAACCAUGAUAGGAUAUGCAAUCCCACUAUGACUCAACAACAUCGCAAGGAAUCAUGCCCACGGCCUUCACGAGGUUUGAAUGCAGAUUCGGGACUGCACACACAUCCACAUUAUUUGCAUCAACCUGUGAAUAUUCAUGAGAAUCCACGGGCUCUCAUGGAAGGUGAAGAUGAAGCAGAGGAUGGAUCUGAACCCCGUACAGCUAAUAACAGACCAACCCAAAGAAGCUCUGAGCAGAGCAUUGACAGUGAGAGGACUCUAGCUGUGCAGGCUUAUGGUGCUACUACGUAGGCCAUUAGUACAAACACAUUAUCAGUACUCUGAGUGUCGCAACUUUCACCCACUACCUCAAAGCGCUGACACUGAGGCCAAAUACAGCAGAUGUGUGUGUCUAUGAUGAGGCUCAACAUAUCUUCAUUACUCUUCACUUUUCAGACUUUUUAAUUUUUUUAAGAAAAGCAUCUUUGAAAGAUGUGGCAGAGGAAUAAUUUUUUUCAGGUGCAUUUUUUUUGCCAGUGCUGGUUACAAGUAGCAUUAGGAAUGUUAGUGCAUCCACUCUAGUACCAUUUAUAGGCAAAGAAAGCAACUGGAAGUACAGAAUGUGAUCCUUGAAAUAUUGGUAAACUUCCUUGAAUUGCAUAAGGAAAAUGGAAUUUGGCUUGGGGGAAGAAACAUCAGCUGCAGGAAAUGUGACCCUCCAUGUUUAUUACUUAAACAUUCAAUUCCGAAGUGCAUUAUAGCCACUGAUGAACUGCUGGGAUGAAUUCAACAGUUGAUAACAGGUUUACUGCUUUUCAGUAUGCAAAAUUAACUUCAUUGUACAAUAUAAACAAUAUAAUCAUAUUUUGUUUUCACGGGCAGUAGUCUUUCUUGUGACAUUUAAUUCAUCCAUGUCAAAUUUUUUGCUGAUAUUAAUAGCCCAUACUUUCAAGAUAUUGAGGCUGUUCAGCUCAGUGGUCUCCGUGCAGGAUCUGUUAUUGUGUGGGUAUUGCAUGUCUUGCAGUUCAUGUGAAUACUGUGUGCUAAAGUGUUGAUAACAUCAUAGUGACUACACUGCAGUGAGUAGAGGCUCUAACUGACAAAAGGAGUGAGUGGAUAUUUUCCUGUCUGAAUUUAUUUUUGCAAUAACACAGUUGUUUGGUUUGUGGCUCUGUAGCUGACUUUCAAAUUAGAUUUUUGAAAAUUUUUGCCAGUACAGUAGUAAUAAGUUAGAAAGGAAGCUAAAAGAACUUUUUCUUUUCUCUCUCUCAAGGUGUAGACAUUGAUACACUGAUAUAUUGAUUUUAACCAGUUUAAGUGCGGCAAAUACAGAGCCAUUACAACAUCUGUACUGCAUUAAUGGUGUAGAACAUGCUGCUCGAAACGUGCAUUUUGCCUUGGUAUAGUGUCAGAUUAAUGCUGCGGCUGACUUUGCUGAUCUCAAAUCACUUGAGUCUCUCAAAAUCACAAUGCUCCAUUUGUGAUAAACUCUGUCACGUGCCAUUUAUUGGUGUGUUGCAUCUCGCUUGGAAGAUGUGAGGAGGACAAAUUUUGGUUUGACUUGGAACAGCUAUGGAGCAUAGAAUGACGGGCUCAUCUUUGACUUGCUGCAUGGUUGUGAUUUUGAAAGUGCAAACAUUGAUCAAAACAGCUUAUGGGUUCAAGACUCCAGGUUAUUCUCAUCAUUUCAAGAUCAAAUUUGGAAUAAAAGUGUUGACUUUCUGGAAGUGAGUGGCAAGCAUGGAAUGUUCUAGUGCCACUGCACCUGUUGCUGCAUAAUCAUUGGUUCAAUAAUAAUAAUAAAGGUACAUAAGGCAUUUUAUUUUUGGUUUUCCCUUAUUAAGUAGCCAGUGGGAACAAACUUCCCAGAGGGAAGUGGGGGGGAAUCAGAAACAAAGUCAGUGCAACUCCUGAAACAGCACCCUAGUCACAAUGUUUUUUUUAUUUUGGGAUCUUUGGUAUAGAUUGACUCUUGCAUUUAUAACUUUUAUAAAUAUAUAUUAUGUAAGUAUUCAAGUAAACACUAGUAUAAAGCCUUGUAUACUAUUUUUUAAUUAUGGGUUUGAAUGCUUUCUCUGAGAAUUGGUACAGGUGAUGACCAUAUAGUUAGGUCAACAUCUUCAAUUCCACCAUCUGCCGUUUACAGAAUAAGUCCUGGUAUCUGAAACUGAGUGGUAUUCAUGAUCCUCUGUGACCAGCUCAUUACAGAUCAAUAGAAUACUGUGUCAUUGGGAAACUGUUUAUAUUGCCUGGACUCAGCAAAUUUCAGCAAUUCUCUGACCUGUAGGCUUCAUAAUUUCCCAGAAUUUCAGAAUCUUAUGCUCAGUCACACACAAGGUGGAAAUAUUGGUGCAGUAUGUCACUCUCGAGGUAAUUAAAUACUAAUACAGAUAUCUGAUGGGUGAAUUGAGAAACUUGUGAAUUCUGCCAUCGGAUAAGUGCUUGUUUUUUAACUGUCUGUACCUGCAUUGUACCCACUGUUGAAAACUUAAUCAGAGUGCAGUUGUUCAGUACAAACUAUUCUUCCAAGCUAUUCAAAUGACAUAUAAAUAAUCUGUCACAGAUACCAUUUCAUGCACUACAUGUAUUCUGCCCAGACCAUGCCACACUCAUUACGGCGCAAGCCCAGCAUCAAAGUUUUUUUAAAGAUGCAUUAACCUUUUUCUAGUACUGGUCAGUAAUCUAACUUCAAACCCACAGUGACAAAUUUUGGCAUUGAAUUCAAUAAACCUGUUAAUUCAAUACCAGGGAAGUAGGCAACGUGCUAAGUUAUUGUUGAAACCCAGUGGAUUAUCUAACGUUUUUCUAUGAAAGCCUACCCCUUCCCCAAAGUGGCCCACAUGUGACUCCAGUUCACGGCAGUGGUUGGUUGGUUAAAGCCUUACCAAAGUCGCACUCAUCCACAGAAAAAAGUGCUGGCAUUUUAACCUAUGUAGUACAAUAUUCCAGUGCAACUACUACAUUUGUCGGUUUUGCCCAUUUUGUGUUUCGCAUUUCACAAGUCUAUUCAUUCGGUAAAACUUUUUUUUCCCCAUUUGUAGAUGGCUGUGGAAUAAUCUAUCACUUUACUGUUAAGUUAAUUUACAGAGGGUUUUAAAAUUGCUUUUUGGAAGUCCCUCUGAGCUGUUGGCUGGAGAUAUCACAAGUUAGGAUGAAGUAUCAAAGCCACUUAUUGUAGAUUGAGACAUCCCUCGGACAUUUCAUACUUAGUUAUUAUCCAGGUUCCUGUUGGUUGAUUCUGGAGCAUCAGUCAAAAGAGAAAAAACAAUUAUCUUUGGCUAUUUUAGCUACAAUUUGCAAGAAUCCUUUUGUGACAAAAUCAACUGUGUUCAUGGUAACUUUUACUGAUGCUGGGCUUCAAUUCAGUUCUGAACUACCAUGUUGGGAUUUGUACUUGUUUUCUGGAUUACUCAUAAAGGCUGCUAUCAAGAGUCCAGUGAUUCGAGCUCUAGGUGCCCCAUCCACCAUCUCUGUUCUCUGUCCCAGUGUGUUUCCAGUCCUUUGUACAAUUAAAACUGGUAUCUAAUGUACUACCACACACUUACUUCAGCAUCCCUACUGAGUUAUGACUGACAAUAAAACAAAGAAAUGGUACUUUGUUAAUAAUUGUUUAAAAUUCUGCACUUUUUGUUUUUAACCAAGAAUUAAUGGUAAUGAUUAACUACAGAUUUAUUUGUCCUGGUCCUUUCAGCAAUUGUAGUGUACUCUGAUUUAUUGCAUUGAUAUGAUGGAUCACUUCAGUACCCAAUGACUGAUCAGCUGUAGUAAAUUAUUACUUAAACAUUCGAUUCUAAAGUGCAUUAUAGGCACUGAUGAACUGCUGGGAUGAAUUCAACAGUUGGUAACAGGUUUACUGUUCUUUAGUAUGCAAAAUUAACUUCUUUGUACAAAAUCUUGCAUAGAAUGUUGUUGCACAUAAAACAGGUCACUGAGCCCCAAGGGUCUGUGCAGUAUGUUUCAAGCAAAUCUCCUCCUGCCCAACUUCAUUUCACUUCUAAUAGCCCCUAUUCCCUUUACCUUGAGUUCUUAAGUAGCUUUGCCUUGAAUUCAUCCACGCUAUUCACCUUGACUGCUCCAUGUAACAGUUAAUUUCAUGUUAUCUCUAGAUACAAAUUUCUCCUUAGUGGACUUAUGGUUGCAUUGAGAAGAUUUGUGCCCCAUUAAAUGAAUGCCUUUUUCCAAGUUUGUAUGUGGCUGAUCCAAGGAAAGUCAUUGUAUAGCCACGUACACUCUUAAGAUGGCACUGAGAUGCAUCAACUGCUCUUGAAGCCAACAAUACAGACUCUCUGAGCAUUUUACCAGCUACUUUACAUUGAUAACUUCAGAGAGGUGAAACUGUCAUUGUCAAAAGUUAGCUGUCAUGCAACCUGCCCAGAUUACAUCUUGUGAUUUGUUGUUUAAUCAAUCCACCAGUUAUAGUAAAUAACAAAUAAGAAUAGGCAGAACUCUGAAAACUACAAUGAUCCCAGACUUUUGCACAUAGCCACCAUAGCCAGCACCUGUGUCUUAAGUAAUGAAAACAAAAUGUUGAAAUACUCCACCUGACCUCCAACAUUAACUCUUUUCCUGUCUCUGAAGAUGCAACCAGACCUGCUGAGUGUUUCCAGCAUUUUCUGUUAUUUCAGAUUUCUAGCAUCUACAGUUUUUUAUUUUACUUCUGGGACUUGGGUGUUUGAAUCAUGGCUUUUAAACUCCUACCACAAGAUUUCAGUCUUAAUCAGAUUUUCAGGCAUUAAAUUAGAGCAAAACCUUCAGGAACCCACUUCGAAGACUUGUAUCCCUCUGACAUUUGAUUUCUCCAAUUCCUAGUUCUCUAGAGCUUUCAAACCAUUUCAAACUAGUCCUCAUUUAGCAUCCAUUGGAUCUUGUCUGCUUUGUGGAGAUCCGGUCUAGACAUCAUAUGGUUUAAAUGUGGGGUCGUGGUGGCUUUACAGUUGAGCCAGAAUCUAUGACGUGCACAAUAUGUGUGGUUCCCAUUCCCAAAGAAAUGACUCAAUGAAUGUUCUUUAUAACCACUCUCCUUGUCACAGCCAUGUAGCUUUUUUUUAAAAAAAGAGGUGCCCCUCCUGCUGGUAAUGGUUGUGGGUCAGGUAGACAAUGGUUCUGUAGACAAUUUAUUUAGUCGAUGUACAUUACCUCUGUCAUGAUAAGCUGUAUAUCCAUGCUGGUCCCACUGAGCUAGAGUCAGUUAAGGUCAGCAGGAUACAAGACUUUGAAGUGGAUUCUUGGAGACUUUGUUCCAAAUGAAUGUCCAAAAAUCUGCCAUGUUAAGAUUCAAUCCUCAUGGUGCGCAUCUGAAACCAUGAUAGAGUCAUAGCCAUUUGCAAUUGAACUACAUCAGGAACCUCUGCCAGAGCUUUCACGAGUAGCUGCAACAGUCACCAUGCUCAAGUCAUAGUUACACCUGCCUAUAAUGUGAACUCUUUCUAAAUGCUUCCUGGUUUUGUACAUCUGUCAUUACAUCUUUGUAUCUGCUGUGUGGGGUAUAGACACUUGGGCCAUUGGUCCUCCAUGACCAGGCUAUCCGGUUCUAGUUCCAUGGGAUUGUCGUAGAUUUGAUGUCUGUCUUUCUUCCCCUUACUGCCAAAAAAGAAAAGUUAAACCAAAAGUUGGUGGAUUGCUGCUUUGACUUCUGGUUUUCAAUGCCCACUAUAUUGGUUACAUCACCUUUUUAGAGAUGAUGCUUAGAGGCAAGGAUUCACAAUAAUGGCAAUCUUCAAGUCUGUUUCUUACUGCAAAAUUAUAGGAGCUGUUUGGGUGGGGGGUGGGGGAAGAAGGCCUUGCAUGCUGGUUGUAGAACGUUGAAGAGGUAUGCUGGAAAUCAAAGGAAAAUUAACAAAAAUGGGAUCUGUACUUGGAAAUUAUGGUUUGUACUCUUUGGAGCUAAUACAGGGCCUGAAGUAAGAUCUGUGAAAGUGAUACUCUGGUUGUCAUGGAGCAGGUGAACGGCAAUGAAUAAAUCAAGCAUCAGAAUUCUGCAUGCAUGACAAAAGGAGGCCUUUCAGUGUCUCGUGCCUGUGCCAGCUCUCUGCAGCAGAAAACCUGGGUUAUUUUGUGAUGCAUGCAGUGCCUGACACAAGCAGAAUUUAAAGAUAAUUGUUUCUUUUUGCUUUAAUUUUAAAAUACUGUUCUGUAAACCCUUUCUGCUAUGAGCCUUUGCAGAUGUUACUCUAUGAAUCCCCUCAGUAUAAGUACUGUGCUUGACUCUUUGAAUUGCCGCCCUAGCUACUAUGCUAUGAAUCCACUGUUCAGGUACUGUACUGUGAACCUUCUCCAUGCAGGUACUAUGCUUAAGCCUGCAGUGUAUAAAUACUGUGCUGUGAAUCUUCUGUAGAUGCUGUGUGCAACUUGUGUUGACCAGAAUCUAUCCUUCUGUAUAUUUGAUUCUCACUUGUGUACAUUCUGUAAAGCAUGUGUAAAAUAAACCUGUUAAUGUAAAAUAUCUUGUAUUUCUGCACACAAUAAAAAGCAGGAAAAACA